GAUCCAUUCUUACUUAAAUGAGAUCUAACAGUAAACGCAUCAUUUCAAGUAAACAAAGCUCAACAGAAGAUAUAAGAAAAAAGACAGGAGCUUUACUAGUUUAUUCCGUUGCAUCUUUACUUUAUUUGCAAAGAACGAGAAAAAUUACAGCCAUGAAGUCCUUUUGGGUUGUGUUGUAUCUAUUGAUUCUUUGUGCAUUGGUCAACAUGGAACGAUACAAGCGAUUGAAGCGAAGACCGAUAAUUAUAAAAUCAUUACUGGAAAAGACAUACAAAGUGAAUGCAAAUCCUAUACUAUGUGGAUACAUAAAUGACGUACCAUACUUUUGUCCACGUACACUUUUGUCUUUAAAAUGCUGUCCUAAAUACGAAGUCAGCCGCCUUAUUGAUUACGGUUGUUGUCCUUGGUUGGAUGGAGUAUGUUGCCCUGACGGAGGCUGUUGUCCUGCACAUUUUAUUUGUCUUCAUGAUAGAUGUAUCAUGCCAUUGAAUUCAACACAUGUAUAGAUAAAGUACUUCACGAGAAGCUGAUAAAAGACGUUAUAAUGUGUCCUUGUUGCUUUUUUUCUCUCUUUUUCCGUAUUCCUAUAGCAAUUAUAUAUAGUGUUAAUUAAAAAAUGUAGAAAAGGCUUUCUGCCAUAUCUCUGUAUCGGAAUAUGUUGGGCAUUGUGUUAACGAAACUUGUUAUAUAAUUUUAUACAAUUACGUCAAUAAAAUAGCCUCUAAAUUGUA